AUGCCUGGGUAUGCAAAAAUGAUGAAGGACUUAAUGUCCCGAAAAUUUGAUUUCCAAGACUUAGCCACAGUUACUCUCACCCAGACCUGUAGUGCAGUGGUGACUAGACCAAUUGCGGAAAAGCUAUCUGACCUAGGGAGCUUUACAAUCCCAUGCACUAUUGGUGAUUUUGCCUUUGCUAAAGCCCUGUGUGAUCUAGGGGCCAGCAUUAAUCUUAUGCCCCUGGCAAUUUAUAAAAGGCUGGGUAUUGGAAGAGAUAGACCCACCUGUAUGUUGUUGCAGCUGGCUGACAAGACGGUAAAGCGACCCUCUGGUAUUCUAGAUGAUGUGUUGAUUCAGGUAGGGAAAUUUGUGUUCCCCGCAGAUUUUGUAAUCUUAGACUGUAAAGUAGAUGAAGAAUUCCCAUAA